CAGUCAGUCAAACUGUCAAAUACUUUUUUACCUGCUAUUCAUUCGGCCGUGUAAUUGUAGUUUGUUGUUUGCAAAUUAUGCAUUUGUGAAAUGGAAAUAAACGUGCACAAUAUCGUGCUGCAGCUUAAUAAAAAUAGUUCUCACCAUCUGCGUUGACUGAAGCAGUAUACUUACAGUGUUAUAAAUGUGAAACGCUAUUGUUUUUAGUGUUGUAGUGUUCUACUUUCAAGUGGAAUUUAGCUGGAUUUUGAGCGGGCACUAUGGGUUCUUACAGCAAAAAGUCCUCGGCUGAGUGGAUAAUAGACCAGCUCAAUGUGGAAAAUGCGAAACUUUUAGCAUUUGUCCUGGUCAUAGGAUUUAUUGGCUACCAUGGAGUUCUACAUCUCAAAUAUGGAUCAGACUCCUGCACUUGGCUACUGACCGCGGGAAGAUACAAAGGAGAUCAUGAGUGGCAACCUUACGGCUGUAUGUUACACAAGUACUCCAAAACUGACGCGAGGCGAUGUUUCCGGUACCUUGCGUUCUGGGGCAAGUACAACAGUUUCGCGUUCAUUGGCGACUCCCGGCUCGAACAGCUCUACGAAUAUUUUAUAAGCGUGGUCCGGACUCGACUGGACCUCGACUCGUCAUACUCGACAGUAGAGCAUCGCAUGCCGAACUAUACGUACGUGGACAACAAGCUGCGGUUGUCCGUCACCUUCGUGUACAGCGACGAUGUCUCCAAGACCAUGGUCGACCAGUUCCGCACAUGGCAGCGUUCAGACCAACCACCCUCCGUGAUCAUAGCGUCUACUGGCUUACAACUGCUCAAAACUCGAAAUACAACAGAUCUAGUACUAGAAGAAUACAAAAGGAACCUUACGCGCUUGGUGCAAGCUAUAGAUUCGCUUGCAGCACGAAACACACAGGUUCUAUGGAAGUUGAUUGAGGGAGUGGACGUGAACAAAUUGAAGGAUGAUUAUAAAAGGAUCAAUAACAAUGAUAUUGAUUCGUACAACAGAGCUGCUGUAGAGAUCCUGACCCACAGCGCAGCCAAGAUCUGGAAGUCGGCCCUGCUGGUGUCUGCGGAGGGCGGCGUGGAGCUGAGCGGCGCGGCGCUGCGGCACUGCGCGCAGUUGUUGCUGAACAUGUUCUGCAACGACCACAUGAACUACAACGACGGCUCCUGCUGCGCCCAGCCCGAGCCGCAUACUCAGCUACAGCUUCUUACCUUCGCUAUAUUCUUAUUAUGCGGAGUACUCUGGGUUGUCCGUUACGCUUGGGGAGCGUAUGAGAGGGCACGGUCUCACCUGCAGGGCUACGCCCCCGUCAGCCAGGCUGCGCCCGUACCUGCCCCCGGCGCCGCGGGGUCUGAUCCCUCUCCCCUCGCCGCAAUGGCUCGGCUCGGCCUCAUCAUGUGUUAUUUUUACUUGUGUGACAGAACCAACUUCUUUAUGAAGGAAAAUAAAUAUUAUUCUGAAUGGAGUUUCUGGUUGCCUGUCGGUUAUGUGUUCGCGUUGGGAUUGUUCUUUACUGAGGACUCCAAGUCUAAUACUGUCCUUCACCGAGAACAGACAGACGAAUGGAAAGGUUGGAUGCAGCUAGUGAUCCUUGUGUACCAAGUGACGGGGGCUAGUAAAGUGCUCCCUAUAUACAUGAUGGUCCGUACCCUGGCCUCCGCCUACCUGUUCCUGACAGGGUACGGACAUUUCUACUAUACAUGGAAGACCGGAGACACCGGUCUGGUCAGAUACUUCAGGGUCAUAUUCCGACUGAACUUUCUGACUGUAGUGCUAUGUCUGACCAUGAACAGACCCUACCAGUUCUAUAGUUUUGUACCGCUCGUGUCGUUCUGGUAUACGCUGAUGUUUGUAAUCUUCGCGCUCCCACCUCAUAUAACGCCGUCAUCGAGUCACACGGUGGAGUCGCGUCCCUACCAGUACCUGUACAUUGCCAUCAAGGUGAUAGGUCUACUGGUCAUAGUGACCGUACUCUACAUGAGCGAGGUGUUCUUCCAGAAGAUAUUCGUCACCAGGCCCUGGAAGGCACUGUUUGUUAACUCUGAUGAUGACAUCCAUCAGUGGUGGCUGCUGUGGAAACAGGAUCGGUACUCGAUGGCGUACGGCAUAAUGUUUGCGCUGGCGUACUUAGCGGCGCGCUCCGCCGGCGUCCUGGACGAGCGCCUGGGGAACCUGUGGGGCACCGGGGCGUCGCUGACGGCCACGCUGCUGGCGGCGGUGGGGCUGGGGUCGUACGUGACGUUCGCGUUCUUGUGCAGCAACUCGUUCGACUGCAACGAGAUCCACUCGUACGUGUCGUUCCUGCCGGUGGCGAGCUACGUGUGGCUGCGCAACGCGCGCGCGGGGCUGCGGCGGCGCCACUCGGCGCUGUUCGCGUGGGUGGGCCGCGUGGCGCUGGAGCUGGCGGCGGGCGGCGGCCACGCGCUGGGCGCGGCCGACCGCGCCGGCGUGCUGCUGCUGCUGCCCGGGGCGCCGCGGCUGAGCGUGCUGCUGGCCGCCUUCGUGUUCCUGUGCGCGGCGCACGAGGUGCGGCGCCUCACGGCGCUGGUGGCGCCGCACGCCGUGCCCGACGACUGGAGGCUCGUGCUCAGGAACGUCGCCAUCUUCCUCGCCGUGCUCGUGCCCAUCGGCAUCCACGACGGCAUGUUCUAACAACGUUUUGUGAUUAUAACUAGUUUUGGCUGUGUUUUCGAUUAUCGCGGUUUUUUUUAAUAGGUACCUACGUAAUUAUCGAGCAAUAUUUAUGAGUGAAAUUGAUUAUUUGAAUAGUUGUACGACUUUAGCUAUUAAUUCCUUGCACGAGUGUACCUUAGUUAUUGAAACAGAAACGAAGAAAAUGAAAGAAAUAUGUACAUUUUUAAAAACAAACUAAUCACCUAUCAGUUUUUUAAAAUCAUAAGAAAUUGGAGCAAUACAAUACUACAAACAGUUUCAAGUACAUACCAUGUACAUACAUUGUACACAUACCUAGUACGAAAUGUGUAAAACGUAUGAUAUUUGACCAUACACGUAUUCUAAAUCGAACUAACCAGUUUGUCACCAAUGUAUAUCAAGUUUAUGCAUUAAAAAAUAUUUUGUACAAUUUAUAUGUAAGUUAGUAACAAAAUGUACAUAUUAGCUUUGUAUAAAAUCUAGUCUAUGAACAUAAUAAGAUUGUGUGAAUAAAGUAAGACAUUACUGUGUGUGACUUAUUAUGAUUUACUAAUAAAUGUAUGUUUUCUCUAAAAUAAAUUUGAGAAUUUGUUUUCAAUAAGGCUUGGUUUUGAGUGGCAAUAAUAAAUUAGGAAAAUUAUGUGAACAAAAAAGUGAUUCGAUGAGUGAGCUGUAAGCUGUGUACUGUGUGCAUGCGUCAAAUGACGACAGGCGGGUUUAACUGCGCUUUCGUGGACAGUUUUUCCAGCGUUUGUCGUUUGUAGACCGCCUAUUGUCGUUUGACGAAUGCCUGCAUUUGUCCAAUAACGCGUCGUUGAUACUGUCAACGACGGCCUUUAACUCAUUUUCGGCCGUGAGCUGAUCGCCCUAUGCAACUUAUAUUUACGUGAGAAAGAUACAAAAAUAAGUAUGUAUUAUCUAUUUUUGUUUUUUCAGCCCACGUAGUACGGAAUUGACCUUUACAGACAUACGUAGCUUAUGCCGGAAUACUGAAACGCUACUCAAUUUUAAGUCGUGCUUAAGUAUAGUUCUGUCUCUAGAAAU